CGCCAAGAGUGAGUGUCGAGCAACACUAUAUAGCCAUCGGCUCUUCUUCAUUCUCUCUCUUUCUUCAUCGCUCCAUUCCCUCCAUUCUCUCCAUUCAUCCUCCCGUCAUCGUUGUAGAACCACAUCCACUCACGAGCCAAAAAAGACACUCCACUCCACAAGCAGUCCUCCCCCAGACCCCAAUUCUGUUUCACACCUUUUUUUCAUUCUUCUCAGGGACACUGCAGGUUCAGGCACACACCCACUCCGAGGUCGACUCGACUCGACUGGAUGCUGCAAUAACUCCAAACAGCCUCACACCAGCAAUGCCGCCACUAGGAGUCCGCCUCCAGGCACCUCGUUCAACCCUCGCAAUCCUUGUCCUCACCCUCCGCAUCCUCCUCCUUGCCCUCGCAAGCAUCAACCUUUGCGCCCUCACCGCUGCCUUCCAACUCUACCAAUCCUACUCGCCUUACAGCACCAGCCGCAAUUUACUCUACAGCUUUCAGGACACUCCACAGCUGGCUAUCAACACCUUCCUCUUUCUCGCUGGCAUCUACUCCUUCCUCGGAAACACACAAUGGUCCAGGAGGGUGCGCAUAAUCGCAGGGCUGAUCCUCUUAGGCUGCAACGUUAUAUUAGUUAGCCUCCAGUUCAAUAAUAUCGCUCUCAACGGAGGAUGCGAGCAUGGCCGGAUCUAUAAUACACCCAUGGCCGAGGACAAUACCGACGCAGGGCCCAAUGGCAGUGGAGACGCGGGCGCUCAAAUACCACCAGCCUCAGAUAUCAUGUCAUCACUAAAGCGGAGGUGUAUCAUCCAGAUGGUCAUUGGCAUCGUCGGUGUAUGCUGGAGUGCGUUACUCGCCGUCGAGCUCGUUCUGACCAACCUGCAUCGGAAACGGGACCUGGAUCAUAAAGUCCGUAUCUGCCGAGUAGCUUACCAGGAGCGUCUACGUCAACAGCAAUUGUCUUCUUCUGCGGUGCACCUUUACCACCCGGACUUGUCACUUCAGGGCACAGGGAGGAGUCGAGAUUCUUUGGAGUUGGAGGCGUUGCCGGCAUAUGAGCGGAGACCGACAGGUCCCCGUCCACAGAUUGUGGAUCUGGCGAACAUGGGACGUUUGUCUACUAGGCCGACAGGAGGAAGACCGAGACCAGAGACGAUUCAGUCACCGCCGCCGAGCUACCAGGCAGCAUAACCCUAACACCCAAAACGUUCAAUUAUCGAUAAUAAAUAUAAUCUUGACAAUUGCUCAAGGGGAGAGGAAAAUAUACCCA